GAAACAGGUUGAAAAGAGCAGGAGGCUUGUACUAUCAGAUACUGUCGGUUUCCAGGUUGUAACCGGACCCAGACACAAACUGGAAGGGCUCAGUGCAGCGUGGGUGCCCAGGGAUCCACUGCCUGAGUGUGGGGAGAGCAGCGGCCGAGACCCCAAAGAAAUGAACCACACCAAGGGUGGCCUGGUCAUCUUCACCGCCAACUCACACCCCUCCAGCCGUGAGCUGGGCAAGAGGAUCGCAGAGCGGUUAGGGGUGGAGCUUGGGAAGGUGCAGGUCUACCAGGAAGCUAACAGAGAAACGCGGGUACAGAUCCAAGAGUCGGUGCGCGGCAAAGAUGUCUUUGUGAUCCAAACAGUGUCCAAGGAUGUGAACACGACCAUAAUGGAGAUGCUGAUCAUGGUGUACGCGUGCAGGACAUCCUGUGCCAGGAGCAUCACGGGCGUCCUCCCCUACUUCCCCUACAGCAAGCAGUGUAAGAUGAGGAAGAGGGGCUCCAUCGUCUCCAAGCUCAUUGCCUCUAUGAUGUGUAAAGCUGGUCUCACCCACCUGAUCACCAUGGACCUCCAUCAGAAAGAGAUUCAAGGCUUCUUCAACAUCCCAGUGGAUAAUCUAAGAGCCUCGCCAUUCCUGCUGCAGUACAUACAGGAAGAAAUACCUGACUACAGAAAUGCUGUGAUUGUGGCCAAAUCGCCAGCUUCUGCCAAAAGGGCUCAGUCGUUUGCUGAGCGACUGCGUCUGGGUAUAGCAGUGAUCCACGGUGAAGCUCAGGAUGCAGAGUCAGACCAGGUAGAUGGCCGACACUCCCCACCCACCGUCAAGACCACUGGAGCCAUUCACCCCAGCAUGGAGAUCCCAUUGUUGAUCCCUAAAGAGAAGCCUCCCAUCACCGUGGUAGGAGAUGUAGGAGGACGCAUUGCCAUCAUAGUGGAUGACAUCAUCGAUGACGUAGACAGUUUUGUGGCAGCUGCUGAGACACUCAAGGAAAGAGGCGCCUACAAGAUCUUCGUCAUGGCGACGCACGGCAUCCUCUCCUCUGAGGCUCCCAGAUUUAUAGAGGAGUCGGCUAUCGAUGAGGUGGUGGUGACCAACACGAUUCCCCACGAGCUGCAGAAGCUCCAGUGUCCAAAGAUCAAGACAGUUGACAUCAGCAUGAUACUAUCGGAGGCCAUCCGCCGCAUCCACAACGGAGAGUCCAUGUCCUAUCUUUUCCGCAACAUAGGAGUGGAUGACUGAAAGGCCUAUUACACACAUACGAACACACAUGCGCACAUACACACACACACCAUUUGCCUUCUCAGACCUCUUUAGAAGCACCAUACACCACACACUGAAAUUGAUACACACAUACACAAAUAUCCACUUUUCCUUGUAUCACAACAUACAGUUAUAAAUGCUAACCUUUUGCUGUGAGUGCAGCUUAACAUAGAAGAUGACACACACACACACACACACACACACACACACACACACAGAUCUAUGUCCUUUAUGGAUGUUAAUGGACUGCUGUUCACUCCUCCAGAGUAAAAAGCUGAUGGCUGCCCUCUUCUCAAGCAGUACACACCUCCAGUUUUUUUUUUUUUUUUUUUCUCUCAUCUCUUUGAGUACCUUCUUUACUUAGCGCUCCAUCUUAUCUACAUGUUCUUCCAACUAUGUUUCCAUAGAAAUUAAUGUUGAUGUUAAAUCUGUGAGUGUGUGCGUGUGUUAGAACAUGAUAUCUGUUACCAUUGAAUGUCUCUUUCUGAUACUACUAGUAAAAGAGAUUGUACCGCAAGAGUGCCAGUGCCUUCUACAGGACAUACUCCCAACACACAGGCCUUCACCACUCCGAUACACAACCGUUUCUCAGCUAAUAGACCUCUGUCAUAAUGGCCCUUGUAAUUAAUUCAGGAAUAUGCAGGUUUCCAACUAAUUAACUAGAGUUGAGUAUCAGAGUGUAUGUUUUAAUUCCAACCCUCUGUCAGUUUUUGUUUAUGUGAUAUCUGAAUGUCGUACUAAUAUAGUUAGUUUAGCCUCCCAGCUAGCCAUAUGUUUGUGUGGUUGCCAUAGCACUUAGAUGCUGAUCUGGUGUCAAAUCUACUAAUUGCUAAAGCAGAACUGGAAUUAACACAGGAAAUAGUUUGUCAGUCUGGUCAAUUGGAUGUUUUUGGGUUUGUUUGUUUUUUCAAACAUUUUAUGGCAGUGCACUUUUGAAAUGUGUAUUCAUGAGUCAUCCAUUCAACACUGUGUGCCAUCAUUUCAAAUGCACCCACAUAUUUGAUAAUCAUUCAUGCCACAAAUGAGUAGUUCCCUUCCAGCUGGAAGGCUCUGGAUUGAAGAAAUUUAAGAUUUGAAGUUGAUACAUGUAUCCUUGCACUAUCACUGCAGUUUUACCCUCUGGUUAGGAGUGCAAGGUUGUUGUUAAUAAUUUGAAAAUGGGUAAAUUAAUAAUUGAUCCUUAGAUCACUUGGAGAACAGAUUACAUUAUCUGACUUUCAAAAACCUGAAGUAACAAACUGCGACUAAAGCUGGAAAAGUAAAUAGAAAUGUUUUUCUGACAAACAAAUCUUGACUGAAGCAGGUCUUUGUCACUUAACCAGAUGUGUUCCAAAAAUGUUUUGUAUUUAUUUUCAGCACUAAAUAUGAAUAAAUAUGACCCAUGCUAUGAAAGUAAAGAAUGCCUUGUUUUGUGAUGUUUUGUAGCUUCAUAAUUUGAUUAUGAAAAGCUGCUAUUGAAAGUGAUUGGGCUGUUAAUAUUAAAGGAUGUUUCUCA